AUGGGGCUUUGGCUGCUGGACGGGGGCUCCCGAGGAGGAGGGGUCCACUUUCCUUACCUCACCCCCAUUUCUCGUGUGGCUGUGAUGCCCGUCUCCACCUGGCCAGACUGGCCAUCCCUCUGCACCUCGGUCCUCCUCCGAGGUGUGGCUGGGUGGGCCGGGUGGCGGGGACCCCUGGGGCCAGGCCCUGGCCCCAUCUCUCUUGCGUCCUCCCUCCCUCAUCCUCUCCUCUCUCUCUCCAGGAUGGUCGAGUACUCGCUGGACCUUCAGAACAUCAACCUGUCGGCCAUCCGCACCGUGCGUGUCCUCAGGCCCCUCAAAGCCAUCAACCGCGUGCCAAGCAUGCGGAUCCUGGUGAACCUGCUGCUGGACACGCUGCCCAUGCUGGGGAACGUCCUCCUGCUCUGCUUCUUCGUCUUCUUCAUCUUCGGCAUCAUCGGGGUGCAGCUGUGGGCGGGGCUGCUGCGUAACCGCUGCUUCCUGGAGGAGAACUUCACCCUGUGGGCACGUGUCCUCACCUCUCUGAACACCGUUUCCUGGUCUGUAUCGCGUGGACGGAGAGGCUGCCCUACGAGGGCGGCGUGUGCGCGUCCUGGUGCACAUCAGGCUCUCCCCUCUCGCCCUCGGUGCCGGCUGCAGGUGAUCACCCUGGAAGGCUGGGUGGAGAUCAUGUACUACGUGAUGGACGCCCACUCCUUCUACAACUUCAUCUACUUUAUCCUGCUCAUCAUAGUGGGCUCCUUCUUCAUGAUCAACCUGUGCCUCGUUGUCAUAGCGACCCAGUUCUCGGAGACCAAGCAGCGGGAGCACCGGCUGAUGCUGGAGCAGCGGCAGCGCUACCUGUCCUCCAGCACGGUGGCCAGCUACGCCGAGCCCGGCGACUGCUACGAGGAGAUCUUCCAGUACGUCUGCCACAUCCUGCGCAAGGCCAAGCGUCGCACCCUGGGCCUCUACCAGGCCCUGCAGAGCCGGCGCCAGGCCCUGGGCCCCGGGGCACCUGCCCCUGCCAGGCCCGGGCCCCACGCCAAGGACCCCAGGCACUGCAAGCUGUGCCCGAGACACAGCGCCCUGGACCCCACGCCCCACACGCUGGUGCAGCCCAUCUCAGCCAUGCUGGCCUCCGACCCCACCAGCUGCCCGCACUGCCAGCACGGGGCGGGCCGGCGGUCCUCGGGUCCCGGCAGCACCGACUCGGGCCAGGAGGGCUCAGGCUCCGGUGGCUCCAGUGGCAGCGAGGCUGAAGCCGAUGGGGACGGUCCCCGGAGCAGCGAGGACGGGGGCUCCUCCGGCCUAGGCAAAGAGGACGAGGAGGGGCAGGUGGGGGCAGUCCGGCUGUGUGGGGACGUGUGGCGGGAGACGCGGGCCAAGCUUCGGGGCAUCGUGGACAGCAAGUACUUCAACCGGGGCAUCAUGAUGGCCAUCCUGGUCAACACCGUCAGCAUGGGCAUCGAGCACCAUGAGCAGCCCGAGGAGCUGACCAACAUCUUGGAGAUCUGCAACGUGGUCUUCACCAGCAUGUUCGCCCUGGAGAUGAUCCUGAAGCUGGCCGCCUUCGGGCUCUUUGAUUACCUGCGGAACCCCUACAACAUCUUCGACAGCAUCAUCGUCAUCAUCAGCAUCUGGGAGAUCGUGGGGCAGGCGGACGGCGGGCUGUCAGUGCUGCGCACCUUCCGGCUGCUGCGGGUGCUGAAGCUGGUGCGCUUCAUGCCCGCGCUGCGGCGCCAGCUGGUGGUGCUCAUGAAGACCAUGGACAACGUGGCCACCUUCUGCAUGCUGCUCAUGCUCUUCAUCUUCAUCUUCAGCAUCCUUGGGAUGCACAUCUUUGGCUGCAAAUUCAGCCUCCGCACGGAUACGGGAGACACGGUUCCUGACAGGAAGAACUUUGACUCCCUGCUCUGGGCCAUUGUCACAGUGUUCCAGAUCCUCACCCAGGAGGACUGGAACGUCGUCCUCUACAAUGGCAUGGCCUCCACUUCCCCCUGGGCCUCCCUUUACUUUGUUGCUCUCAUGACCUUCGGCAACUAUGUCCUCUUCAACUUGCUGGUGGCCAUCCUGGUGGAGGGUUUCCAGGCCGAGGGGGACGCCAACCGCUCCUACUCAGAUGAGGACCAGAGCUCAUCCAACAUGGAAGAGUAUGACAAGUUCCAGGAGGCCCUGGACAGCAGCGGAGAUCCCAAGCUCUGCCCAAUCCCCUUGACCCCCAAUGGGCACCUGGACCCUAGUCUCCCAUUGGGCGGACACCUAGGUCCUACUGGGGCUGUGGGCCCUGCGUCCCGCCUCUCGCUGCAGCCAGACCCCAUGCUGGUGGCCCUGGACUCCCGCAAGAGCAGCGUCAUGUCCCUGGGGCGGAUGAGCUAUGAUCAGCGCUCCCUGUCCAGCACCCGGAGCUCCUACUACGGACCUUGGGGCCGCAGCGGGGCCUGGGCCAGCCGCCGCUCCAGCUGGAACAGCCUCAAGCACAAGCCGCCCUCGGCUGAGCACGAGUCCCUGCUCUCGGCGGAGCGCAGUGGCGCUCGGGCCUGCGAGGGUGCCCGGGAGGAGGGGCCUCCGCGCGCUGCGCCGCUGCAUGCCCCGCACGCCCACCACGUGCACCAUGGGCCCCACCUGGCGCACCGUCAUCGCCACCACCGCCGGACGCUGUCCCUCGACACUCGGGACUCGGUGGACCUGACCGAGCUUUUGCCCGCCAUGGGCCUCCACCCCAGGGCCGCCUGGAGGGCGGCGGGCAUGGCCCCCGGGCACGAGGACUGCAACGGCAGGAUGCCCAAUAUCGCCAAGGACGUGUUCACCAAGAUGGACGACGGCCGGGAUCGCGGGGAGGACGAGGAGGAGAUCGACUACGUCUACAAGCCUGACUGGUGCGAGGUCCGCGAGGACUGGUCGGUCUACCUCUUCUCCCCGGAGAACAGGUUCCGGGUCCUGUGUCAGACCAUCAUCGCCCACAAGCUCUUUGACUACGUGGUCCUGGCCUUCAUCUUCCUUAACUGCAUCACCAUCGCCCUGGAGAGGCCCCAGAUAGAGGCCGGCAGCACUGAACGCAUCUUCCUCACGGUGUCCAACUACAUCUUCACGGCCAUCUUCGUGGGCGAAAUGACACUGAAGGUUGCUCUGGGCUUCACCUUCACUCCCAGCUCGGGGACCCCCGCCCCUCCCGCAGAUUGUCACUGGCCUGUCAGUCAGCGCCCGCCCCUGGGUUGGGCUCCUGGGACCCGGAGGGGUCAGCGGCAUGCCCCCUCUCCAGGAGUCACACCCUCGCCAGAAAGGCGAAUGCAGGGAGUCUUCGUGUCCAUCAUCGACAUCGUGGUGUCCUUAGCCUCGGCUGGGGGAGCCAAGAUCUUGGGGGUCCUCCGGGUCCUGCGGCUCCUGCGCACCCUACGCCCUCUGCGGGUCAUCAGCCGGGCCCCUGGCCUGAAGCUGGUGGUGGAGACGCUCAUCUCCUCCCUCAAACCCAUUGGGAACAUCGUCCUGAUCUGCUGUGCCUUCUUCAUCAUCUUUGGCAUCUUGGGGGUGCAGCUCUUCAAGGGCAAGUUCUACCACUGCCUGGGCGUGGACACCCGCAACAUCACCAACCGCUCUGACUGCGUGGCUGCCAACUACCGCUGGGUCCAUCACAAGUACAACUUCGAUAACCUGGGCCAGGCUCUGAUGUCCCUCUUUGUCCUGGCCUCCAAGGACGGCUGGGUGAACAUCAUGUACAACGGACUAGAUGCCGUGGCUGUGGACCAGCAGCCUGUGACCAACCACAACCCCUGGAUGCUGCUGUACUUCAUCUCCUUCCUGCUCAUCGUCAGCUUCUUCGUGCUCAACAUGUUCGUGGGCGUGGUGGUGGAGAACUUCCACAAGUGCCGGCAGCACCAGGAGGCGGAGGAGGCGCGGCGGCGCGAGGAGAAGCGGCUGCGGCGCCUGGAGAAGAAGCGGCGCAGUGAGUGGGCAGCGCGGGGGCCGGGGUGUGUGCUGUCGCCCAGCCAGGCCCCCGUGACCCCAGCUGAUGCUCCUCUGGAACCGAGGCUUGGGCCUGACUCCAGCCUCCAGGGAGCUGGAAGGAACAAAGAAUGUGAUCCCGGUGGUGGGCUGCGGCCCUUUGUCCCUGCUUCCGCCUCCCUGGAGACAGCCCUCAAGUACUGCAACUACAUGUUUACCACGGUCUUUGUACUGGAGGCUGUGCUGAAGCUGGUGGCAUUUGGCCUGAGACGUUUCUUUAAGGACCGGUGGAACCAGCUGGACCUGGCCAUCGUGCUGCUGUCCGUCAUGGGCAUCACGCUGGAGGAGAUUGAGAUCAACGCCGCCCUGCCCAUCAACCCCACCAUCAUCCGCAUCAUGCGGGUUCUGCGCAUUGCCCGGGUGCUGAAGCUACUGAAGAUGGCCACGGGGAUGCGGGCCCUGCUGGACACCGUGGUGCAGGCUCUGCCCCAGGUGGGCAACCUGGGCCUCCUCUUUAUGCUGCUCUUCUUCAUCUAUGCUGCCCUGGGGGUGGAGCUCUUUGGGAAGCUGGUCUGCAAUGAGGAGAACCCUUGCGAGGGCAUGAGCCGGCACGCCACCUUUGAGAACUUCGGCAUGGCCUUCCUCACGCUCUUCCAGGUCUCCACGGGCGACAACUGGAACGGGAUCAUGAAGGACACGCUGCGGGACUGCACGCAGGAGGAGCACAGCUGCCUGAGCAGCCUGCAGUUCGUGUCGCCGCUGUACUUCGUCAGCUUCGUGCUCACCGCGCAGUUCGUGCUCAUCAACGUGGUGGUGGCCGUGCUCAUGAAACACCUGGACGACAGCAACAAGGAGGCGCAGGAGGACGCCGAGAUGGACGCUGAGAUCGAGCUGGAGAUGGCACAUGGCCUGGGCCCCAGCCCGCGGCCGCCCCCCAGCUCCCCAGGGGCCCUGGGCCGAGGGCCAGGGGGGGCGGGCGGCGGGGGUGACGCCGAGGGCCGCCUGUGCCGGCGCUGCUACUCCCCAGCCCAGGAGAACCUGUGGCUGGACAGCGUCUCUUUAAUCAUCAAGGACUCCUUGGAGGGGGAGCUGACCAUCAUCGACAACCUGUCCGGCUCCAUCUUCCACCACUACGCCUCACCUGCCGGCUGCGAGAAGUGUCACCAUGACCAACAGGAGGUAGUGCAGCUGGCCGAGACGGAGGCCUUCUCCCUGAACUCGGACAAGUCCUCGUCCAUCCUGCUGGGGGACGACCUGAGCCUCGAGGACCCCGCGGCCUGCCCGCCUGGCCCCAAAGACAGCAAGGGUGAGCUGGACCCACUUGAGCCCACACGGGUCGGGGACCUGGGCGAGUGCUUCUUCCCCUUGUCCAACAUGGCCAUGUCCACGGGUGCAGAGAACUUCCUGUGUGAGAUGGAGGCAAUCCCCUUCAACCCUGUCCGGUCCUGGCUGAAACAUGAGAGCAGCCAAGCGCCCCCCACCCCCUAUUCCCCAGAUGCCUCCAGCCCACUGCUGACCAUGCCUGCCGAGUUCUUCCACCCGGCUGUGUCUGCCAGCCAGAAAACCUGA